AUGUCCGAGUGCGAUGAGGUUGAGGAAGGGGAUGGGGAUGGGGAGGGGGAAGAUGACGAUGAUGACAGUGCGGAAUCUAUGAUGAGAGCCGCCUCGACGUUUUCGCCUGACGCUUCCCUCGGCCAUGGCGCAGCGCCGAGCACGACGACUGUAUACGAUUCGGGAGGCGGCCAGUCAGACUUCGGCAUGGGAGACUACGAGCCGGUGAAUUCGAGUCCUCUCCCCCUCGAGAAACCAUCCCAGCCGGCUGCCUCCUUCCAUCCUUUAAUGCCAGCGCCGAACGAAAGCGACGAACCUCUUCGCUCGGCCGUCGAUUCUUGGGUUCUGGAACACCAGCUCUCCGUGCACUCGCAAGCGAACCAUGCCGCAGCAGCCACGACCGCAUCGCUCGAAGCGCCAUUUCGCGCAGACGUUCCGACAUGGAGCCGCUCACUUGGGGACCAGACGGAAAGCGACUGCUAUGUCGCCAUUCUCGCACAGACUACGAGGCUCGAGCAGGCGCUGGCACAGACCACGGUAGCGCCCCCAAUCGACCUCGUGCUCGAAGCCGAGCGCGACUUCUGCGCCCUACGGCGCCGCCUCUUCGCCUGUACCGGCCACGAAUACCGGCCUUCUGCAAACCCAGAGCUCCUCGACCCCCACCUCCCGUCGAGCAGCAGCAGUAACAGCGAUAUCAACAUGAACAACGCCCUCCGGAGCCGCGAGCAGUCGUGCCGAUCGUCGCAGCGGCCCGUCUACCUGGGCCUCGCCCUCCUGGCCGAGCGCGUCGUCGGCAUGCUCGAGGACAUGUUCCGGCUCGCGGCGCAAUCGGCGCACAACAUGGACCGGGCCAACGAGCUGGUGUGGCUCGGGGCCUCGCCGGGACCGGGGCAGCCGGCCGGCCCAUCGGCGCGCCGCAUGCAGCGCUCUUUCCGCAGCAUGCUGGCGUCGCCGUGCGUGUCGCCCGUCGUCGAGGCGAACCGCAGCCUGCGGCUUGACGGCUUCGUCGUGCAGGGCCAGGCCAAGUCCGAGGCCCUGCGCCGCAUCCUCAGACUGCGCGUCGGCCGCAUGCUGAGCGGCCUGCUAGCGCUGGUAGAGGCUCGGAGGGCGAGGCGGGGGGGCGGCCCGCAGCUGGGCGGUCCGCUGGAUUGGGGCGGCAGUGGUGCGCUGCUGGGCAGUAUGGCGGACCCCUUGGUAAACGACCUAAUUCGGAGGGUCGAGUCUAUGCAGGGGGCCAUGUCUUUGUUAUGA